AUGUCGCGAGCACGUUUGCAUGUGGCCCAGUCCCAUCGCCGCUCAGCGAUCACCCUACACGAUUUUUUCCCGAAGAUCCCGACCGAAUCCAAGGCUACGGAUAUUGAAAAUCAAUUUCGGGCAGUGAAGAAACAAGCGGCAAAGCGCCGUAAGCAGGAAGAGCGAGCGACACCGGCGGCACAGAGCAACCACCCCUCCCUUCACGAAGCAGAUCAAACGUUUGGGUGUGUGACCCAAAAUGUGAAUGGCUUUGGUUCUUCAGCAGUGAAGAUGGGGGAGUGGCUACGUUCCUUUCGCACUUCGGAUCGACGUGGUAGAAAUGACGUUUACAUUUUACAGGAGACGCACGUGGAAGAACGAGAGAUCAGCCGGGCUAGCGCCACAUUUGCAGGACAAUGGGGGUUUCGAACGGGGCCAGGGUGCCCCUUCCGCUCUUUCUGGUCGCCUUCUUGCGAACGCAAAGGAGGGGUUGCGAUACUGGUAGACCCGUACGGAUCAUUCACGGACGUGGGACCAGUGUAUGAGCAUAUGUGGUCACCUCAUUUUAUGGCGGUGAAAGGAAUGAUGAAGGGUGAGAAAUUGAUUGUGGUUAAUAUUUAUGCGCCUCACCAACCAGCGAAGCGUGAAGCUUUCUAUCGGAAGCUGACGGAUAUGGAUAUACCAACAGGGGUUAAAAUGGCAAUUGGAGGGGACUUUAACUGCACUUUAGACCCAGUGGCGGACCGGAGCUACUUCCGACAAAGGGAUGGCCACGAUUCACCCGCGCUACGUAUGUUGUUGGAGAAUUGGGGGUUAGCAGAUCCGGUGGCAUGGACAAGGCCGCUAGAGUGGACUCCAGUUGCACUGCGGCAGCACCAUGAUGCAACGCAUACGUACUUUUACAGGGUUGACGGCCAUGGCUCUGCAACGUCGAGGCUGGACAGGUGGUACAUCACGCCUUCGUUACGAACUUGGGUGGCACAGACGGAGGUAGUUCACCCGGCUACUAAAGCGGACCACGCUGGGGUAAAGCUUCACCUUCGGUCACCAUCUGAUCCAGUUCGAGUCUGGAAGCCAGCUCGCAUUCACCCAGUGCCUGGGUUUGCAGAGAUCAAAGUAGCGGAAGCUACGCGAGAACGGCUGGCACAAUUUCUUGACGAGAUUCCAUCAGAAGUUGUGGCGGCAGGGAUUGCGUGGGAUAGUCUCAAAAUUGAUAUAGCGAAGCACACCCGACGAAUUGUGAAAGAAUGCCGCAAGAGACGCAGACACUCGUUACAAAAAAAAUUGUACCGAAUGGCUCGUCAAGAUGAACGACUGAAAGAACUUCGGGACGGUCACAGACCUUCGGUGGAUUUGAUCACGGAUUUGAUGGACGGCCUCUCGUUGGCAGACGUGGACGGGGACAGCCCUCGAAUGCGCCUUCGAAGGGCGAUAACGGAGUGCAAACGCGAACGGGCUUCUCUUAGUCAACGAAGACUAUUAGCUUCUGCGACUCACUGGGACGGCAAGACCACGAAGCAGUUUUUUCGGAGGAUUUCAAGCAAGUUUGCGGAUAAUACUAUUCCACGACUUCGCCCUGCUGAGGGGUGCCCAGCACGCGGUAUACAUGACAAGGCGGAUACAUUGGCUGACGCAUGGAGUCCAAUCUUCCAACAACCGGCUAGGGAAUCUGCGCUGGCCGUGAAUGUCGCUAACAUCUUUUGCUUAAAAAAAGGAGGUGACAGUGGGGAUCCUCUCAACUACCGGCCGUUAGCACUCCUCAAUUCAGAUUACAAGAUCUUCACGAGGAUACUUGCAACUCGGGUGAGUGCUUUACUGCCAAUGCAGAUCCACCCUAACCAGAACGGAUUUGUGGCACGAAGGACGAUUCACGACACUAUUGACCUCUUUGACGCAGCCCAAAUUGCGGCGACACGUGACAUCGACCAAGAUGAGGCGAUAUACUACGACAUCACGGGUACGCAGACAGAUUUAUCAAAGCGGUGA